CGCGUUCCCCGACUCCUCUCGAGCCCACCACCGCCGCGGGGGCGGGAUCGGCGUCCGAUUCACGCGCGCCUUCCACGCCACCGAGCCGUGCGGUGCAGCCGCUCCCGCGUGUGAUCCUGCGCGGCCCUGUCGUGCACUGGAUGGAUCGCGGCGAAGCUGGGCUGCCAUUGCCUGGCCUCGGGCGUGUGAUUUACCCAGGCAAAGUCGUCUUCUCUCACGAGGGCGCGGUAGCUGUUCGACGAAAUAGACGAGCCCGGAGUUUCUCCCCGGGAUCAAUCGUGUUUCAGGAGCUUCUAGUGCUCGAGAGUGGCUUACCUGCAGCUUUGUGUUCCAUGGUCGCAGGUUCUGUACGGCACGCGACUAAAUUUCAGGGCAUGAUGCAUCAGUGACGAAUUUCUAGCACAAAGCUGCCCAGUUAUACAAUCUGCAGUUCUGCCCAGGUACUAUGGACUGGAGAGCCAGUUUUGAGCCUUUGCGUUUGUUGUUUAGGAUGCUACUUAGUCUUGUAGCAAAUAUGUUGAUGUUUUUACCAUUACAAAGUAAGCUUCAGUUAGCUAAAUAAACCAUUCUGAUGGUAAUAAUACCUUCGAAUGAUACAUUAUAUGUUAUGUGUAAAACUCACAGAAAUGAUAGGCACAUAUUAGUAGGGAAGUUACGCAAACCAAAUAGUUCCUACACACAGAACUGCCUACAUGAUGUGAGCCAAGGAUGAUGUUAGCCGAUCUCUAUUAAGACAGAAGGGGGAGUUUACAGGUUGGGGUGAGUACCGUGAAUUGACGCCUCGAUUCGGGGCUCAAAAUUUCAGUCUCCGAGUUCCUCUUUUUUUUUCCUCUUCUUUUUCAGCUCAUUUCUAGCUGAGCCUUGUGCCUUUUAUGGUACUUGCUGCCCUAUAGACAUCAAGCAUAGUAUCAAUUGUAACCUUUUAUUAAAUUGAGCAAUUUUUCUGACCAAUAUUGUUACCCUCUGAGUUUUAUUCCCUUGUAUUAAUUCUUUUUAUCCAUUUUACAAACGUAGUAACAUAGUUGAAGGAAGAAAACUUAAUGGAAAACAAACUUCUAGAAUGGUAGAGAAGUGACAAGACAGAUACUUGCUAUUUUUUUGAAGCUCACGAUUUUUUUUGGAAUUAGUGCACAGUAAGAGCAUCUUCAGCCGCGUCUUCAGAAAGGCCUCUCCAGGCGAUUUUUUCGCGCCGGCGCCGAAAAAAUGGCUCAGUCGCACCCCCAGGAGCCCGAUUUUCGCCGGCCUGGGCCGAAAUCAGCGCCAGCGGACCCAGGCCGAACCCGGCGCGCUGGGGGGGAGCCCGGGGGCGCCAGGGCGAGUUGUUUUGGCGCGAAGCAGCCGCGGGCCCGCCGAGUCAGCGAGAUGGGCGCUUCGUCGCCCUCAUCGCCUCGGUUCCCGCGGGAAUCAAUGCCAAGGCUGCCACGCUGCCGCCGCCGGUCAGCCUUGCCAUUGAUUCCUCACGGGCGGCGUGCCGACGCCUCCCCUCCCGCGCACGCGUACACACGGGCGUGGCUAUAUAAGCCGGUGGCCUCCCUCGCCUCUGGCCACACCGCCGAGCUCUACCUCUCCCGCGCGCCGCCGCCGAGCCCUCCCUCUCCCUCCCCCGAUGGCCGAACGUUUCCCCGGCGACGAGGCGGCGGCCAACGGCUUCGGCCGCCGCUCGCUCCGCGAACAGGAGUCGUGGCUCCUGUUCGAGGCCAACAUCCCGGCCCUGCCGGACAUGCGCACCGGGCCGACGGGGUGGAGGCUCAGCAACGGGGGAGUGCCCAUUCCCCGUUGCCCGACGCCGUGGCGCGCCCCAACUACUUCGCUGCCGGGGUGGAGAUCGUUCGCGCCUCCCUCACCGACGAGCAGCUCGCCCUCCCCCAGUACGCCGCCGACAACCACACGGCGUGGGCGGCGUACUUCGAGCGCCGUCAGCAGCAGAGGCUGGCGUCCACCAACGGGGCGCCGGUGGUGGGCGGCACGAAGAACAGCGAGGGGCGCCACCUGUGGUGGGGCGUCCCCGGCCGCACGCUCGAGGGCGUGCUGACGCACCUUGAGGGCGGCAACAACCCGCCGCUGGCAUACCCUCCCCCGGCGAGGGCGGCCGCCCCGGCCCACCGCCGACGCGCCGGGCAAUGGAUGCCCAGGAGGUUCGGCUCCUCCUCGUCGUCCUCCUCGCACUCCUCCUCACGGGCUUCUUCCCACUCCUCCGGCUCUCCGGCGCUGCUCGGCGUCAAGGCCGAAUGGCGAGGGAGCGCCAGCACGCCGCCCUGCGGCGGUUUGAGCAGCGCCGCCGGGGCCGCGACGAAGGAGGAGUCGUCGUCAUGGAAGACAGCGCUGCCGCCACCAGUCCGCGUUGGCGACGCCGGUCAGGGGUCCACCAGGGAUGGCCGCGUCAAGGAGGAGAAGGCUGCCGCCGACGACGGCGGCGAGGAUGGCGACGACGACGGCGACUACUCGGCGUUCAGCGAUUUCUUUUUUUAG